GGAAUCUUGCCUCCUGCCCGCUUCCUGCUUCUUCUUGGCUGCUGCCUCCCUUCCCACCCGCUCCACACCCAGGUUGAAAUCAGGUUUAUUGAAACAACGGCCAGCCAAAAGGUGCCCAGGUGCUUCUGCUGCCAGAGGAGGCGGCUGCAGGAGAGAGCCCAGCAUAGGGCCAGGCGCUCCUGUCUCACCUGGCCUGGAGCUGGGAGCAGAAUGGGCAGCAAAGGCAUCCCUCCCCUGGGCCUGGCUCUGGGUUCAGGGAAAGCCAGAUGGGCCUAUCCAAGUACCGCAAAGUGUCCCCUGGCUGAGGGCCCCCCGCCCAGGCACCAAGUCUUCUGUGCAAGUUGGAAAAACUGUAAAUCGGGUGGAGAAAACUCCCAGGAGUCCGUAUUCCUGCACUUCAUCCUUAACAGAUUAGCAUUCUCUUUUUUAAAGUCUAAAAUGACACCCUGGGUUUCCUUCCAAAGGAGAGGAAUGGGGGCCCAGGACAGGAGUGUUUCAUAAAUGAAGGUUGGGUCACUCUUCACACAUCCCAUAUUAAAGGGGCUUGUUCUGUUUCAACUGAAAGGAUUGGCUAGCUACAAUGCACAAACUAAUUCUGUGCCGAAAUCCAUUUGUCGGUUUCUCAAACAUUUUCCUCCUCUGAGAAAUGCAUAAUACAUAAAGUGGGUGUACUUGGAGUGAGGCUGAUAUAGGGCCUGGGUGCAUACACAAGAGACUUGCCCCCCUGCUGCCAGCGGGCAACCUGCAGACAGCCUGCGUAAACUGAAACUAUGCCUACAGAUCUCCAUGCCCAGAGGCAGUCUACCUCUGAAUGCCACAUGCUGGGAACAAGGGCUGCACGGCUGCUGGGAACCUCCCCAGAACUGGCCAGAGUAGAAACCAGAUGCCGAGAAAGACAGAGCCGGGCUCUGUUUGGGCAGGACAGUGUUUUACUCUCCUUAAGUCUUAUUGAGGCUUAAGUAUUAAGCCCUGACUUCUUUUAAGUCUUAUUAACCUGGAGGAGCUCAGGUGGCCCAGAGGCUGGAGCGCCUGUCCUUUCUCAGGGAUCCACGCUUAAAACCAGGGCUGCAUGCAGAGAGCAGAGGGACAAACCCGUUUCCUCCCCAUUGGCUCUCAGCAGAAGGAAAGGAAAAACCGAGGAGGAAAGAAUCAGGAAGCAGCUCCAAGCAGGGGCACUCCUUGGCGGGUGGCCCAAUGUUAGCGACAACCACAAUCUUCCUUCGCGUUCUGACGAUGACAUGCUGCUCUUUCACUAAAACCACUCAAAUGCAAUCCAUCACAGAACCUGCAGUAAUAAUAAAAAAAUAGAAAAUCAGCUUCCUUUUUUUAAAAAACAAAAGGCCCUGCCGUUCCUGGUUGUAUUGUGCUGAGGAUGCUUGAGUGAAGGGAGCCCGGCAGUGGCUGUCCAAGAGGAAGAGCUGCGGCUGAGGUAUUGCGUCCAAAGUCCUUUUUCAGCAACUGGGCACAGCCUCUCCUUACCCGGACAUUGGAUUCAAGGCACACAAUUCUAUCUGCCUGUGCAACAUGCUCAGCCUCGCCCAGCUGGUGACCUCAGCCAACCGCUGCCAGCUGCCCCAUAAAUGCUCCCGGAGCCGCCCUCCCAGGCUCAAGUCCUGCUGAGCUUUCAGGACUCCAGGGCAGCUCCAGAUCACCUGCAGCUGUGGCCAAGAACUUGGAGAGGAUGGAGGGCAGGGAAGAGGCCAAGGAGCAGAUCAUCUUUGAUCAGGUGGACAAGUACCUUUAUCACCUGCGGCUUUCGGAUGACACCCUCCGUGACAUCUCAGAACGGUUCCGGAAGGAAAUGGAGAAGGGCCUGGGGGCAGACACCAACCCUACGGCCUCUGUGAAAAUGCUGCCAACUUUUGUGAGGUCCAUUCCUGAUGGAACAGAGGAAGGGGACUUCUUAGCAUUGGAUCUUGGUGGAACAAAUUUCCGGGUGCUAAGAGUCAAAGUGGCAGAUAACGGCAGCAAGAAAGUUGAGAUGGAAAAUCAGAUCUAUGAUAUUCCGGAAGAACUGAUGAGAGGCAGUGGGAUGCAGCUCUUUGACUACAUUGCUGACUGUUUGGCUAACUUCAUGGAGCAGCUGCAAAUAAAGGACAGGAAGCUGCCCCUGGGCUUUACCUUCUCCUUUCCCUGCCACCAGACCAAACUGGACGAAAGCAUCUUGGAUACGUGGACCAAAGGAUUCAAGUGCAGUGGUGUGGAAGGGAAGGACGUGGUUUCGCUUCUACGGACAGCUAUAAAGAAGCGAGGGGACUUUGAAAUUGACGUUGUAGCUGUGGUGAAUGACACCGUUGGGACAAUGAUGACCUGUGGCUAUGACGACCAGAACUGUGAAGUUGGACUUAUUAUUGGAACUGGGUCAAAUGCUUGCUACAUGGAGGAGAUGCGCCACAUAGAGACAGUGGAGGGCGACGAGGGCCGCAUGUGCAUCAACAUGGAGUGGGGAGCUUUCGGAGAUGAUGGAUCCCUCAAGGACAUCCGGACAGAGUUUGACCAAGGGAUUGACAUGGGCUCCCUGAAUCCUGGCAAGCAGCUGUUUGAGAAGAUGAUCAGCGGCCUCUACAUGGGAGAGCUGGUCAGGCUCAUCCUGGUGAAGAUGGCCAAGGAGAAGCUGCUCUUCAACGGGAAGGUCCCCGACAAUCUGAGGAAGAAAGGCUGCUUUGAGACCAGAUACGUCUCUGCCAUCGAAAAGGAGAAAGAAGGCAUCUCAAAAGCCCGCACCAUCCUGCAGCAGCUGGGCCUGGAGCCUUCCCACGAGGAGUGCGUGGCCACCCAGCGAGUCUGCGAGAUUGUCUCCACCCGUUCAGCCAGCCUCUGCGGGGCUGCUCUGGCCGCCGUGCUCCAGCGCCUGAAGGAGAACAGGGGGGUCAACUGGCUGCGCACCACCGUCGGGGUCGAUGGCACUGUCUACAAAAAGCACCCCCAUUUUGCCCGCCGCCUUCACAAAGUGGUACGUCACCUCCUGUCUGGCCAUGAAAUCCGAUUCGUCCGGUCAGAAGAUGGCAGUGGCAAGGGAGCCGCCAUGGUGACGGCAGUGGCGUAUCGGCUGGCUGCCCAGCAUAAGGCCCGCCAGAAGAUCCUCCACCCUCUCCGGCUCAGCCAGCAGCAGCUGCUGGAGGUGAAGAGGAGGAUGCAGCGAGAGAUGGAGCUGGGCCUUGCCCAGAAGACGCACACCGAGGCCACCGUGAAGAUGCUGCCCACCUAUGUGUGUGCCACUCCGGAUGGGACGGAAAAAGGAGACUUCCUGGCCUUGGACCUGGGCGGCACCAACUUCCGGGUGCUUCUGGUGCGCAUACGAAAUGGGAUGCGGCGCAGCGUGGAGAUGCACAACAAGAUCUACACAAUUUCAGAAGAUGUUAUGCAGGGCACAGGAGAGGAACUCUUCGAUCACAUCGUCAGUUGCAUUUCGGACUUCCUGGAGUACAUGGGGAUGAAGGGGGCUUCGCUUCCCUUGGGAUUUACCUUCUCCUUCCCUUGUCAGCAAAAGAGACUGGAUGAGGGCAUUCUCCUGCAAUGGACCAAGGGCUUCAGCGCUUCUGGCUGCGAAGGAGAAGACGUUGUGGGGCUACUGAAGGAAGCUAUCCUCAGAAGAAAGGAGUGUGAACUAGAUGUGGCAGCUUUGGUGAAUGAUACAGUGGGCACCAUGAUGAGUUGUGGGUAUGAAGACCCUUUUUGUGAAGUGGGGCUCAUUGUUGGAACUGGCACCAAUGCCUGCUACAUGGAGGAGCUGAGGAACGUGGAGCUGGUGGCUGGGGACCAAGGCAGGAUGUGUGUCAAUAUGGAGUGGGGGGCCUUUGGGGACAACGGCUGUCUGGAUUACCUCUGGACAGAGUUUGAUGCCACCGUGGAUGAGAACUCCCUCAACCCUGGGAAGCAACGAUUUGAGAAGAUGAUCAGUGGGAUGUACCUGGGAGAAAUUGUCCGCAAUAUCCUGAUUGAUUUCACCAAGAAAGGACUUCUCUUCCGUGGGAGAAUCUCUGAACGGCUAAAAACCAAAGGGAUCUUUAAGACCAAGUUCCUGUCUCAAAUUGAGAGUGAUUGCCUGGCGCUGCUUCAGGUCCGUCACAUCCUCCAGGACCUUGGUCUGAAGAGCACCUGUGACGACAGCAUCAUUGUGAAGGAGGUGUGCACUGUGAUCGCUCGACGUGCCGCUCAGCUCUGUGGGGCAGGAGUGGCCGCGGUGGUAGACAAGAUCCGAGAGAACCGACAUUUGGACUCCCUUAAGGUCACCGUUGGUGUGGAUGGCACCCUCUACAAACUGCAUCCACACUUCUCCAAGGUGAUGCAGGAAACCGUCAAGCAACUUUCGCCCAAGUGCGAGGUGUCCUUCCUCCAGUCUGAGGACGGCAGCGGGAAGGGGGCGGCCCUUAUCGCUGCAGUGGCAUGCCGGUUGCGGGAGGUUGGACAGCAUUGAGAAGGGCCCCCAAAUACGCAGAUGGGGCCACCACUUCCUCCCUGCCAGGUCUCCAGACCAUUCCGGGUAGAAUCCUUGUGUCUUCCAAAAUUGCUCCUGAUAGAGCCCACCCAGGCCUCUUUGCACAUAGAUAGCAAGCCCUCCUGUAGAAUACGGGCUUCUUCUUCCAGUUGACCUCUAAGAGCUGUUUGGUGUCCUUCAGCCACCUCUGAUCCCCCUGUGGCUGUCUAACAUCCAGAGCCACGUCCAGAGUAGAGCAUAGCAUAGCAGAACCACAGCCUUUUCUACUGAAGGCAGGGAAUCUGCUUAUACUGUGACUUCAACAUUUGUAGUAGGAUAACAAGCAUCAGUGUGAGGAGAGCUGGGAGGUUCUCCAAUCAUGACUUUUGAGAAAAGCUUAGGGGGAGCUUUUGGGGGAGCAGAGGCUGGGACAUCCCAGGGCCCCAAGAGGCUGCCUGUUGAUCUUCCUCUGGGAAGCUGCCAUGCCAUCCAGCACAUGGGCUGCCUGUGGCCUGGAUGCCACUUUCUGCUGCAAACAAAUCCCCCUCCCCCCAGUCACUCUGAAGGCUCCUUCCACCCCAAAGCUGGCAAAGGAACGUGUGGCCCCAUCUGGGAGGGAGGGAGGGAGACGCUCCCUGGGCCCUUGAGGAGCUCCGCUUUUAUUUUCCCUCACAACUUAUAAGCCAGCACCUUAGUUUGCAGCUUCUUUCUGAAUCAGCUUCUUUCUUGAGUUUUCAUCUCUGCCAGGUUUGGGGCUGCAACCCCCACCCCUCUCUCCCCAUCCCUGGUUCUUUGGGGGUGGGGGGAGGGAAGCCUCUUCCUCACCUCUUUCUUGGGGAAGCUGAAGUGCAUUUUGAAGUUUUGAGGGCGAAGGGGGAGGAGGAGGAGAAAGCCCCCUCCAGACGUGAACCGUGGGCCUCCGAGAGAGGCCACUGCAGGGAAGCAGCCUCCGAAAAGCCAGGCGGGCAGCUGGGAUGGCAGAGUCCCCUCUUGCCCUUCCAUGGCCUCCUGCAGAUGACAAGCUCCCCUUCCAGUUCUGAAUCCAGGGACGGGAUGGGCAGUUGCGAAGAGGGAAACAACGCUGCUGCUUUCCUCAGAGACCACGAGUGGCAAAGAGCCAACGACCCAAAACCUCUCUUUACGGCGGAAGACCUGUUUCACCAGAGUCAGACUUUGCUUGGGACACCCAGUACAAUUUUGGUGGUCAUUUUGAAGAGAAAUUAUUCUAUUUUUUAUCUCUCUAUGUAUGUAUUUAUAUUUAUGGCUUGGUUAACUGAAAUGGAAAUGUUCAAGAAAAUAUUCUAUUUAAAAAUACACUCCUAUUCCUCUUUUAAGCAUUUGAAAUGAUUGACUAUUUUAGGAAAGCUUCAAUCUUGCAAUAAAGAGGAACCGUUCCAAUCAUCUUGUGUGGAAAAGACCAAAUGAAAAUUUGUGAUGGGACAAAUAUUAAGUUUAUCUAUUUUUAUACAAGGGAAAACAAAAGGAAUAAUCUAAUGCCAAACCUUUUUGUGGAGACUUUACUGCAAAUAAUACCUCUCUGCUGAAAUGAUUGAAAACAAUAUUUGAUCUACUGUAAUUACAGAGAAAGUAAUUCCCUAUAUAUGUAUUUUUCUAUGGAAUUUACAUUCAUGAGAUUGUCGAGAAUGUAGAAAUACUUUGUAUUUUCUUAGUAGUGUGCUGGGUUUAGAGAACAGCACCUUUUGCUUAAUAAGAUUGUUAACUUGAAAAAAAGACUUAGAAAUAAAACCUCUUUUGUCAGA